AUGGUUUCAACUGCGCUUGGAUUAAACACUGCUAAAAGAGCAUUGACAAUCACUGCCACAAAGACAUUGGCUACAGCAUACCGUCCCAUGUCAACCCAAGUUGCUAGAAAUAUCGAUGAAAUUAAAGAUCUUACAGUAAAGCCCAGUAAUAGUGCUGAGUACGUCUUGUCUUCCGUCGAUCGUGUCGUUAACUGGGCCCGUGAAGGUUCUACUUGGCCCAUGACAUUCGGUUUGGCUUGUUGUGCCGUUGAAAUGAUGCAUUGUUCUACACCUCGUUAUGAUCAAGAUCGUUUUGGUAUUGUUUUCCGUGCCACACCUCGUCAAUCCGAUAUUAUGAUUGUUGCUGGUACCUUGACUAACAAAAUGGCACCUGCCUUGAGAAAGGUUUAUGAUCAGAUGCCUGAACCUCGUUGGGUUAUCUCAAUGGGAAGUUGUGCUAACGGUGGUGGAUACUACCACUACUCUUACUCUGUUGUUCGUGGAUGUGACCGUAUUGUUCCUGUGGAUAUCUACGUUCCUGGCUGUCCUCCUACUGCUGAAGCUUUACUUUACGGUAUUUUCCAAUUGCACAAGAAGAUGAGAAGAACAAAGAUCACUCAACUUUGGUACAGAAAGUAA